UACAUAUGUAUUUAGCUGCAAAUGUGUGUAAUAUGUAAAUAAAUGUGUAUAGAAGAAGCUAAAAAGUGUGCAAAAGAAAAAAAUCAGGAAAAGAAUUGAAAAAAUUUGCAAGAAGUGCAGGCAGGCGAUUGAAACUGACACUAAUGUGCUUGUGUGUGUGGGAAAAACAUAAAAAAAAAUAAUUUUUUCAUACAAAAGCUUAAAGCUGUGUAUAUACUUGCUAUUGUCCAUAGCGUGUUCGUAGCAACUAGGAAAUAGAAGAAAGAGCGCAUAAAGAUAUACCCGCAAAACACAAGCAAUAACGGUGUUACAAGGAAAUCAUAACGCAUGUUGUGCAAUUCAUAUCAAAGCAGCGGUAACAACAACAGCAAACAACAACUGGCGUUGUAGUGUCAUCGCGGCCAGCGUCGGUUAAAUAAAUGAGAUUUAAUAACCCAUAUUGGCGCGCCAUCCGGCGAUGUUUAUUCAUUUUCGUCGCUAUCUCGCUGCUGCCGUUGGCGCUCGUCUAUAUGGUGCGCCUGGACCAGGCCUAUCGCCUCAAAGGAUAUGAGGCGACAAAGUUCAACGAUCAUUUCGGUGAUCAAAGUUUUCGUUAUCCGGUAAUGUUGCUGGGGAAAAAUAAGGAUCUAACGGUAGCGGCGACAGGCAGUUCGCGCAAAAAAUUUUACAAAUAUGCUAAAUAUGUUAAUGAGUCACACCUGCCAGUUUUGCCAGAAGAUGCCGUGCACACGCUCGCCCCGAUCGACGUGGAGCGCGUCGAGAAGCGCAUGGAGCGGCGACGUAAGCUGCUGCAGGAGAAAUGCACCGAAUUCGGACUGGAUGUCGUGGGUAACGACACCUGGCACAAGCCCAACGCUUGGGAGUUUUUAGUCAAUAAAAAAUAUCACAUCAUAUGGUGCAAUGUGUUCAAAGCCGGCUCCUCAUCGUGGAUGUACAAUUUUAAUGUAUUAGCUGGUUAUUCGCCGGAAUUCCUACAACGAACCAAAGAAGUGUUCCUCACUUUGGCACGGGAACGUUAUCCUCGUCUCUCUAUUGAGAAGCUGCGAGAAGCACAAAAUGACUCGAUUACAUUCAUGAUAGCACGCCAUCCAUUCGAGAGGCUAUUGAGUGCAUAUCGUGAUAAGAUGGUAUUUGCCAUACCGCAUUCCUAUCACGACAAGCUGGGACGGCGCAUUGUGCGCAAAUAUCGCAGCAAAAAUUUGGAUAUGAACUCACCCAGAUAUCCAACAUUCCCGGAAUUUGUACGUUGGCUUUUGGUGCAAAUCAAGCAUGGCAGCGUUCAAAUUGACAUGCAUUUCGUCUCGUCGACGAUGUUCUGCACGCCUUGUCUCAUCAAUUUCGAUGUGAUCAUGAAGUUCGACACACUGGACGAGGAUCAAUUAUAUCUCAUUAACAAGACUGGUUUGUCGCGUGUCAUAGCGCCGGAGUGGCGGAAUGCGGGCAAGGGCAAGAAUACGCAGGAGUUGCUGCAGUCGUUCUACUCAAAGUUAACGCCAAAAGAAUUGCAGGGACUGUAUCAAUAUUAUAAAUAUGAUUUUGAGCUAUUCAACUAUAGCGCGACAUCGUAUUUCAAUUUGGUGACUGAAAAUGGCACCUGAAAGUAAACCAGUCACAGCCGUAAGGGCAGCAGCAGCAACAGUAGUAGCAGCAAUUUAGGCGCUUCACAACGCAGCCGCACUCAACACAGCAACAACAACGAAGCACACACAUAUUUGCACACAAAUCAACAUAUACACUGACAAAUCAUACAUAUGAACUAACAUACGUACGCGUACAUACAUACAUUUAAGUUAAUGCUAAAAAACCAAAAACAAAAACCAAAAAGUAAAAAAAAUCGCUCUGAGCAGAAAGCAGAUGUUGGAGUUCAGAAAAUGAAUACCUGCGCAUAAGCAGCUGGCAACUAAUGAACCGGAAAUGAAAACAUUAAGCAAUUUUCGAAAUAUUCCGCCAUAAUAUUGCUGAAUGAAAAUUUUGAAUCUUGAGAAAAGCACACAAAUUGUUGGCUCUGCCGCUUUUUAAGCUUCAAAUUCCCUGCUAGUUACCAGAGUUGCCAGACUGUGUGUGGAAGUGGAUACCGUUAGCUGUUGGAGCAUUUUUAAAAGACACUGUACAAUAAUUUAGCAAAGUAGUUUAACUGAUAAUUACUAACGCCAUACGCGUAGUUGCAUACAUACAAACAUACAUACAGAUAUUGGUAGUAGUGCUAAGCUUAAAAUGUUUGCUAAAUAUUAAAGUCAAAAUAGAUUGCAAAAUAGUAAAUUAUUCAAUUAUUGAGCACUUGUUCGAUUCAACGAACACGAAAUGACGUUUUAGCAAUUUAAAAAGCGUGCUAAGGCGCCUAAAGGUAUGCUAUGAUUAGGUAAAUGUUGAUGAUAGAUUAAUAAACUGAUAGUAUAAAUAAAAAUAUUUUAAUUUUUUUUUGAAAAUAUUUUGGAAAUUUCAAAAAAAAGAAAACAAUUGCUGAAUUUUAAAAAAAUAAAAAAAAUUAAAAUAAAAGUAUGCUACGAUUAAGUACAAUUUCAAGAAUUUUUAGCAACAUAAUUUGUAUUGCCUACAUCUAGGCGGUUUUUAUUUUGAAAAAAAGUUUGCCUACAUCUAGGCGCUUUCUUAAAUUUGAAAAAAAGUGUAUUCUUUUUUAAGACAAGACAUAAAAUUUUGAAAAUUCAAAUUUGUUUUGAAAACAUUUCGAAAUUUCUUAGCAACAUAAAUCUAUCUUGCCUACAUCCAGGCAGUUUAGGAAGCUAGUAAUGAAACUUUGAAAAAUGCCUAAAUUUAUCUUGAAUGCCUUUUCAAGACAAGACAUAAAAUUUUGAAAAUUUAAAAAAAUGCAAAUAUGUCUUGAAAACAAAUAAUUUCUUCAGAAAAGUUCAAAAAAAUUAUAAAAAAUAUGCUUAGAAUUUUAUAUAUUUAAAAUAAAGGUAUGGUGACAGAAUAAUAACGGAAUAUUUUUAAGAAGGUUUAAGAAAAAAAUUAAUAUUGCCUACACCUAAGCGGGUUUUUUCAAGACAAAUUAUAAAAUUAUUUUAAUUUCUUUUCAAGACAAAACAUAAAUUUUGAAAAACUCAAAUUUGUUUUGAUAACUUCACAUUUUUUUUUAGAAAGUUCAGAAAAGUUUAAAAAAAUAUGCUUUGAAUUUUUGCAUAAUUAAAACAAAGUUAUGUUACAGUUAAGUAAAAUUUUGAUAAUAGAUAAAUAACGGCACAUUUCAAGUAUUUUAGCAAACAAAAAUUUAUAUUGCCUACAUAUAGGCAGUUUUUUUUAACAUAUCAUGAAACUUACUAUUUUUAUUUUUAAAUUCCUUUUCAAGACAAAACAUAAAAUUUUUAAAAACUGUUUUUGAAAAAUUCCCUUUUUUUGAAAACUUUCUUUUUUUUAGAAAAUAAAGCUGAGAUUGUCUUCAAAUAAUUGCAUACUUACAUUUUUCAAUCAAAAAUUUCAGUUCGAAAAAAUUUAACAACCACUUUCCAAAUCGCACAGUCAAUUUGAAUUGAAAAGCUUGCAUACAUUUAGGCGCCUUGGCAUAUAAAUAUUAGAAAAAACAAAAACGUUAUACAUAAAACAAUAUUGGCUGAAUAAUUUUGUAGGUUUCACUGCAUUUUAGUAAUUUGUUUGAAUUUAAAACACUUUAGGAUACGUUACUAGGAAUAAUAUAUUUUUUUAGAGAUCCCAAAGUACAUACAUAGGAACAUAAUUGAAUUGAUUAUUAAUAAAAAACUAAAGUGAAAUGUUAAUAAUAGCAAAAUAAUUAAAUACAAUAACAAUUAUCAUCCUAAAUGCGUGUGCUGCAGGAGACACAAAAAAAAAAACAAUAAGAAAUAGUAAAUAAACCAAAAACAUAUUAUCAAACGUGAACUGUUGCGCUAAAUUGGUCAAUUUUGUUAUUACUAUUUAAAGAGGAGUUGAUAAUAAAUUAUAAUAAAACAAAAAUUACAAUUAAUUGAAAACUAAACAA